AUGGACGACAACCCCUGGGGAGCUCCCUCAGCCCCAUCGUCUCCCCACCUCGACCCGACCUCGCACUCGCUCCAGCUCGAGCAAGAGCCCCGCCUCUCGGUCGACAUCGACGACGACGACGACCUCGCACCCACCUGGGGCCAAGACUCGCCAGGGGACGCCGUCGCCGCGCGACUGCCUCCCGCCGCACCGGUGACGGACGACAAGGGCGAGGGUGCGCUCGCGGGAGAGCCCGAGCAGGGAGAGGGGACCGCCAGGACCAGCUUCGACGAGCCAGCAGACGGCGUACAACAAGCACCAGCACCCGUCAAGCCGACAUCGCCGACCUCGCCUCCUCCUCCUCCUCCUCCCGCUCACGCCGACUCGCCAGAACCCGCCUCGCCGCCACCUAAUCCUCCCAGUCCUCCCGCACCGCCCACAUCCCUUCCUACCCUGUCGUUCGACGACUCGCUCCUCGACGAGGGCCCGCCCAUGGACGACUUUAGCGACGUCGACGACGAGCCCGUCCUUGCGAGCGUCGGCGCCGAUGGCGACGACGACGGCUUCGGCGCACCUGCCGACGACUUUGACGACUUUGGCUCGGUUGGCGAGGCGGGCGACGACGACUUUGGCGACUUUGGCGACGCCGCGCCGCUCGACGAGGCGGCGUUCGACGCUCCCGCACCUGUCGCACCGCCACCAGCGCCCACCGCCGCACCCGCACCCGUGUCGUACUCGGCGUACCCGCCACUGCGCCUCGACCUGAGCGACACGAGCCGCCGGGCGGUCGCGCCGCAGCUGCGCGACUUCUUCGCCGAGGCGUGGCCGGCGAGCCUGCAGGCGGUCAACGACGACCCGGAGCGGCAGGUCGAGGGCCCGGCGCAGGUCCUCGUCACCGAGUCGUCCCGCAACCUGUUCACGACCCUGUCGACGGUCCCGCCGCUCAAGCCUCUCGACUGGCGCCGAUCGCGCAUCCGCCGCGAGCACCUCAUCUCGAUGGGCAUCCCGGUGAACCUCGACGAGUCGACCGAGCCCAAGAUCUCUGCCCUGUCGCUCUCGGCGUCGCUGCACGUCCCGUCCCGCCCUUCGUCGGCGCCUCCCCUCGCCGGUUCCCCCCUCCCCUUCCGCUCCAGCUCCCCCUCCUCGACCCCUUACGGCGCCAUGCGCGCGUCCGCCUCGCGCUCCCGCACGGCGCAGCACUCGCCCGUCCCGACGUUCGACCGCGCGCGCGCGACCGAGCUCCUCGCGCUCGCCGAGGACGACCUGACGCUCCUCGGCCUCGAGCGCCUGCGCGCCGUCAGCGACGAGCUCGAGAAGAUCAGCGUCGACGCGAGUGGCGCCUUGACGCAUGCGCUCAUGACGCGCGAGAAGGAGGGGCAGGACAAGGAGGUCUACAACGGCAUGAUCCAGGACCUCGUCGUCGCGGCGGCCAAGAUCAAGACGUCGUCGCCCAGCUUGGGCAAGGCGCCGCAGCGCCAAGGGAGCGGCAGGUGGAAGCUCACGGGCUCGGUCAAGUAGACGAGGACGGCGUGUGUGUAUUGCAUUGUCGCUCGACGAG